CGGCUGGAUGCUUUAGCUCGAAAAGGCCAAUCAGAAGGCUUUGUUGUAGAAAUUUAAAGGUCUGUGCGGGACUUCGGAUGUAACUGAACAUCUUCUGGAGUCUAGGAGAAACUCCCGACAAGUUAGUUUUCAGUGCUGCUGAGCUUCUGACACUUGAAAAUGUCUGAGAACGUCGCUCGUCUGAACAAGUUCAAGAACAAAGGCAAAGAUGCCAGUGAGCUUCGACGCAGGAGAGUGGAGGUGAACGUCGAGCUCCGCAAGGCGAAGAAAGAUGACCAGAUGUUCAAAAGAAGAAAUGUGUCUGCGCAUCCUGAAGAGGCGACGUCUCCUCUGCAGGAAAGGACGCACAACUGCCAGGCUUUAAAGCAGUGGACAGUUGAAGAGAUCCUCACAGGAGUGAACAGCAGCAACGCAGAGUCCCAGCUUCAGGCUGCACAGGCUGCACGGAAGCUGCUGUCUCGCGACACUCACCCUCCCAUUGAUCAGAUGAUCAGGGCUGGGCUCAUCCCCAAGUUUGUGGCGUUCCUGGCCCGGACAGACUCCCCUCCGAUCCAGUUUGAAGCUUCCUGGGCUCUGACCAACAUUGCCUCAGGGACAACUGAUCAGACGGCGGCUGUUGUGGAGGGUGGGGCCAUCCCUGCCUUCAUUAGCCUGGUCACAUCCCCACACCAGCACAUCAGCGAGCAAGCUGUCUGGGCCCUAGGAAACAUUGCUGGUGACGGAUCAGCUCUUAGAGACCGGGUCAUCAAGCACGGAGCCAUAGCCCCUCUGCUCAGCCUGCUGGCACUGCCUGACUACUCUGUGCUCAGUACCAGCUAUUUGAGGAAUGUGACGUGGACGCUGUCAAACCUCUGCCGCAACAAGAGCCCCUCCCCUCCUAUGACUGCGGUCCAACAGAUGUUACCCACUCUCAUUCGUCUGCUACACCAUGACGACCCGGAGGUGCUGGCUGAUACAUGUUGGGCUGUUUCAUACCUGACAGAUGGCGCUAAUGACCGCAUUGAGGUGGUGGUCCAGGCGGGGCUAGUUCCUCGCCUGGUGAAGUUGCUCAGCUUUCCUGAACUGACCAUCAUUACCCCCGCACUGCGUGCCCUUGGCAAUAUUGUGACUGGAACUGAUGAGCAGACCCAGGUGGUGCUGGAUGCCGGGGCCCUGGUUGAGUUCCCCCGACUGCUGCGCCACAAAAAAGCCAGUGUUCAGAAGGAGGCAGCUUGGACUCUGUCCAACAUCACGGCCGGGAGGGACUCCCAAAUCCAGGAGGUCAUCAAUGCAGGCCUCAUUCCAUAUUUGGUUGAAGUUCUCACACGGGGUGACUACAAGACCCAGAAAGAGGCUGUGUGGGCUGUGACUAACUUCACCAGCGGGGGCACUGUUCAGCACGUGGUUUACCUUGUUCAAGCCAAUGUACUUGAGCCUCUUCUGAACCUGCUCUCAUCUAAGGAUAGCAAAAUUGUCCUUGUCAUCUUGGAUGCCAUCACCAAUAUCUUCAUGGCUGGGGAGAAAAUCGGGGAGGCAGACAAGCUGAGUCUGAUGAUUGAAGAAUGUGGUGGACUGGACAGGAUCGAGGCUCUGCAGGCUCAUGAGAAUGAGAUGGUCUACAAAGCAGCUCUCAACCUCAUUGAAAAAUACUUCUCUGGAGAGGAAGAAGUGGUGCAGAGUGUGGCCCCAGCAGUAACGACUGAUGGUUAUGCAUUCAGCACAAGUGAAAACCAGAGCACUUUCAAUUUCUAGACGUUCUACUACCUCUACCCUCAGCUGUACUGUACCCGCAUUGCUACUGUUUGUCUCUUGUUCAUGUGAUUGAUGUUCUUCUGUAUGUACUGUACAUACUGUUUUAAAAUGACUAAAAAUAAAGUUGCCAGAUUGUGUGAGGAUCA